AUGAAAGUUGAUAAUGGGAACGAUUCAAUGUUGCAGCCUGUACGUGUCUGGAUGGAUGGGUGCUUUGACAUGGUCCACGCUGGCCACGCUAACGCUCUCAGGCAGUUUGUUUUAGCUGACAUCACGACGAACAAAGGCCGUCCGCUGACCACCGAGGUGGAGAGAAGGAGAAUGAUCAGCUCUAUCAGAUGGGUCGACGAGGUUGUGGAGGACAUUCCGUUUGGCACCUCGACGGACCUGCUGGACAAGCACAAGUGUGACUUCUGUGUCCAUGGAGAUGAGUUUGCGACCAAUGGUGACGGUAAAGAUUCGUAUGGAGAAGUGAAGGCUGCACAAAGAUAUAUCAAGUGUAACCGUCUGGAUGGCAUAUCUACCACAGAUAUUGUGGAAAGAAUUUUGCAAGCGACCACACAGGUUCCAAACACCCAUACAACCGCCUACUGGAAGAAAGCGGGCAGCACUGGUGUGUCGAGCUUCCUGACUUCCACCUGCCUGAUACAUGAGUUCAGUGAAGGGAACGCUCCUCAGCCUGGUGACAAGGUCGUGUACGUUGACGGCGCCUUCGAUCUCUUCCAUGCAGGCCACAUUGACUUCCUGGAGAAGGCCGCAGCAGAGGGUGACUUCCUUAUUGUAGGAUUACACCCAGACACCACUGUCAGCAGCUGCGGGGGUUCAGGCAACCCAGUGAUGAACCUGCAUGAGAGGACACUCAGCGUCCUGGCCUGCAAGUACGUAUCGGAUGUCAUUAUGGGAGCUCCAUUUGUCGUCACAAGUGAACUCAUGAAACACUUCCAGGUGGACGUUGUGUGUCACGGGAUGACCCCGACGGAGACUGGGCCUAACGGAGAGGAUCCCUACAGGGAGCCAAAGCGACUUGGGAAGUUUCGAGUGAUCGACAGUGGCAGUGAGUUGACCACCAAGAUGAUUAUCGAAAGGACAGUUCAAAACAGACUGGAGUUUGAAGAACGAAACACGAGGAAGGAAGCUAAAGAGAGACGUAUAGCAACCCACACCCAGGGCUUAAACAGCACGUUCAGCCAGUAAGAUGUACAACAUAAUACAAUCGUGCUGUACAGUAUACAUGGUAAUAUUCUGUCACUACAACUGGCUGUAAGCGUUCCCCCGUCAAAUGUUGUCUUCACUGCAUAUAAAUAAACAACAUAAUC